ACUGGUUACAACAACUGGGAUGGUGGAGACCCAAAUAGUGGAGGAGGAAAAGAAAACUGCGUAAUUAUGGGCAGUACCGGAGGAUGGCAUGAUGUGUCCUGUCAAUCACUCAGGAGUUUUGUUUGUUACACUGCUACAAGCCAAAAUGAGAAAACCUAUGAGUUCAUCUCAGAUUCAAAAACAUGGGAUUCUGCUCAAGCAUACUGCAGAGAACACUACACAGACCUGCCGACGAUCGAGAACUUCGAGGAAAACAAUCACGUGUAUUCUGCAAAACCAGGCAGUGCUCAAGCUUGGAUUGGUCUGUACAGAGUGCCGUGGACUUGGUCCGACAAGACCCAGAGCUCUUUUAGAUUUUGGAGAAGUACCUGCCCAGAUAACUAUGGUGGGAAUCAAUUCUGUGUGGUUGAGAAUCCUCAACAUGAGUGGAAUGAUAUCUACUGUUCGGACAAGUAUCCUUUCAUCUGCCAUCAAGUUUUACGAUUGAAGAGGAUGAUCAAGAUGAAGAUUCAGACUGAUGCCGACUUAACUGAUCCAGCUACUAACAGCCAAAUCCUGAAGCAGGUUGGUGCCGAGCUAACAAGUCAAGGGUGGACUGACUUCAAUCUGCAAUGGAAGAUUCAGCCCAGAAAACAGGAGGAAGAGAAACUCGGGGAAUAUUCAUGCAAUUUACAUUCUUGAUUUUUUUAUCUGCUUUUGGCUUUUUGUGUUGUAAUCCACAAUACUAUUGUUUUCAUAUGGCAGCUUUAUGAUAAGGCAUCUAUUGACUCUGUGGCACACAACUCCCUCAAAAUUGAAGCAAAGUUGACAGUGCCACAUCAGAUUUGUUGAUUAGCUGGGUCUGCUGAAAAAGUUAUCAUUUAUGGCUGCAGACAUUAGCUUCAGGUGAAAAUGGCUAACGUGAUUAAUAACUGUUGUGAGAAAUCUCGUCCAGUUUGUGCUUCCCAGCAAGUUCAUGAAAACUGACGUGCCCCGAAAUGUCUGCUUUCAAAAAUACUAGGUGAUUUUUUAAUCACGGACAGAUGAUCUUUGCUUCUCCGACACACCUCCUACUACGUAACAUGAACUUAAUGUCUGCCCACAAUUCAGAAGAGUAUUUCUGAGGAUAAAUUCAGAGAAAUUUCCACACCUCUAAUAAUCUAAUUAGUUACAGCUUCUCAAAUGUCAAGAUUAGUUGCUUGCUUUGGUCUUAUGUGUUCAGACAUAACUUUGGAUUGAAGACAUUAUAAACAUCAGAAACAUAG